CUACAGCUUCAACCACCAUUGCUAGCUACUGUCAUCAUUCUACAAAUUAUCAUCUCGUCACACCCAAAUUCAUAUAAACCUUUAAAACUCUACCAAGUUGAAUAAAGAGACAAUCUUUCUUUAUGGUUUCAUUUCAUCUCUUCAGUUUUGACCAUAAUUAACUGAAUGGUGCUAUAAUUCCAAAAGCCCUUUCUCUCUCUCUCUCUCUCUGCAUUCAUUGAUAGAAAACAAGGUGACCCACAUCAUCAUAUUCGGUUCUGGCUUUUGGAUUGGUUCUGAUUUGAAGGGUCAUAUUGAAUUGGCAUGAGAAUUUGUUUGGUGGGCGCUUUAAUUGUGGUGCAAGCACCUCUGCCAAAAGGGUUUAGGUGUUCCUUUUCAAUUUGAGAUAAAGUUGGCAUCUUUUUACCAUUUGGGAAUAAAGAAACAUACGUCUAGUUUUAGUUUCCACUGUUUUUGCUCUUCUGGGACUAUUUCGGAUAGGGAUAAAAUUGGCUCUGGUUUUGAUCAUUAAAGAUAUUUGGCAAAACUGUGUUGAAAGGAGAUUCCUUUUUUUGUGUGUGGCAUGAGCGUCAAAGGGGGAUAUUGAAACAAACACGUUUCAAGUGGUUUCAAGUGGAACGAGGAGCAAGCACGUUUGAGAUUCUAAUCUGGGAAACCUGUUUCUUCUAUGGGAAAUCAUGCCGAAAUUGUUGAAGGACUGCUUCCAACUCAGACCUUCAAGGUGCACGCUCAAAUGUGUUCAGAACUAUUUAAGGUGGUCGUUCGAGUUUCAAAGAACUUUCCAGAAAUAGAAGCAGCCCGACCUCGAUGCUCUUCAGGAAUAGAGGCUCUUUGCUUGUUAAACAAUGGUAUUGCGAAAGCCAAGUCUCUGCUGCAGUACUGUAGUGAGUCGAGUGUACUUUAUCUGGCACUUACUGGUGAUGCGAUAUUGUCCAGAUGCAAAAAGUCGAGAAAUUUAUUGGAGCAAAGUCUCUGCCAGAUUCAAUCUAUGGUCCCGGUGGUGCUAGCUGCCAAGAUUUCUGGAAUGAUUGCUGAUCUAAGUAGUGCUGCAUUCUAUCUGGAUCCAUCCGAAGAGGAGGCUGGAAGGGUUCUUCGGGAAUUGCUUCACAGAUACGGCUCAACAGUUGAUUCGACAGAGGAAGCUGCACUUGCUGCUAUUCACACUGUAUCAUCCCGUCUUCGUAUUUCUUCAAAAAAGGCUCUACUGACCGAGAAAAGAUCUCUCAAAAAGUUGCUUGACAAGUUUGGAGAAACUGAACCAAGCAAGAGGAAGAUACUGAUAUUCUUCCUGAAUCUUCUGAAUAAAUACGGAAAGGUUAUAGCAGAAACGCAAAAGGACAACCCUUCAUCUGAGCGUGGCAAUGAUUUCCCAGUUCCAAACCUGGACCUUUUAACAUAUGACGUAGAGCUCCGUGCAGAUUAUCGAUCUAAUGAAGCUCAGAUCAACAUCUUAAGCAGGCCCGUGCCACCUGAGGAAUUCGUAUGCCCUUUAUCGUCGAGGCUUAUGUAUGAUCCGGUUGUCAUUGCAUCGGGGCAAACUUAUGAAAGGAUGUGGAUCCAAAAGUGGUUCGACGAAGGUCAGAAUACUUGCCCCAAGACUCAUGUGAAGCUUCCUAAUCUGUCUUUUACAUCAAAUACUGGUAUGAAGGAUCUAAUCAUGAAAUGGUCUGCCAUGCAUAGUGUGUCCGUUCCUGACCCGAAAAUUCAGGAGGGACAUCUUAGGUCUUGGGAUUCCAUCAACUCCAUCAACUCCAUUGCUAGCCUGACCAAUUCCAUGAAUGAUCUGAAUCUUCCACUGGAUUACAGCAAUGUGUCGAUUGGAUCUAGUCACGGUUCAGAUUACUCGAGCACCAAGAUCAGUAACGAAACGAGACCAACUAAUCAUGAAAUUGAUUGGGUGUUUCUAUCAAAACUCAGUACGCUUCCUUGGGAUUCUCAGUGCAACGCAGUCAAGGAUGUCAGGAAGCGACUGAUGCACAAUGAUCAAUCUUGGUCAAGUAUCCCGUCAAGAAAGUUUGUCCGAACAAUCAUCGGAUUUUUGAAGGAUGCCCACGACCGCCAUGACAAGGAAGCGCAGAUGACGGCAUGUCUGCUAUUGUACGAGGUGGUGCAGAAGCAGGGAAACAGUGUUUCGUAUUUGAAGGAAGACGAGUAUGGUCUGUUAGCGUCGCUUCUUGACACAGAGGUCUCCAAGCAAGCUCUCUCCAUAUUGAGUGAGCUCUCUAACCAACAAUGUGGUCAGAAAAUUGCUGCAUCGGGUGCUCUCGUUGGCAUCUUUAACAUACUCGACAGCCAGAUUCAGGAACUGCUGGAACCAGCCUUAAAGAUACUAAGCAACCUUUCCUCAAACGUCCAUGUCGGUUCUUUCAUCAUCCCUUCAAAACUGAUUCCCAAACUAAUCCCAUUUUUCGAAGACGACAGCCUGGCGAGUCACUGCAUCGCCAUUCUGAAGAACUUAUGCGACAGCGAAGAGGCUAGACUUGUUGUUGCUAACACAGAUGGUUGUAUUGCUGCAAUCACCAAACUACUCGAGAGAGAGAAUCGGGAGGACCAAGAGCACGCGGUUUCAAUACUACUCAACAUGUGCUCUCAGUGCGCCGAGUUCAGUCAGUUGGUGAUGGAGGAGGGCGUCAUCCCCGGCCUUGUCAGCAUCUCUGUCAACGGGAGCAAAAGAGCAGCUGCGAUGGCGAUGGAAAUGUUGCGGAUUCUGAAAGAGGACACGGCCGGAGAAAUCUCUGGAGCAGAUGCUGCUAGUGUAAUGGAGUCUACCCCACAGAGGUAUGACAGAAACACUCCUAAAGCAUCAGGAUUUUUGGGCAAACUCUUCUCUAAAUCAAAUGGGAAGAAGAAGAAGAAAGAAGUAAUGAGGUAGUGCUUGGGAAUAUGGCUUGUUCAUUAUAUGUAGCUGUUUGAGAAUAUAUUGAUAUAUAGUUAGGUGUAUAUGGAGUACUAUUUUGUAGAAGGUUUUUGAUGCUUUAUACUAGGUUUGUAUAGCAUUUUCUGGUUAUGUUGAUUCUAUGUUAAUCCAUAUGAAAUCAGCACUGACUUAAUUUCUAUAUCUUAUUUUAGAUUACUAUUUUUGUUAGAAAUAUAUAAAGGUCUUAUUUAUUGUUUA